GUCCUCUUCGCCUUUCGUCACUCCAAGAUCCACUACAAGCCCCUAUCCCGUAUCCAUAGCGCCACGUGCUUCCGCAUAGGGCUGUUCGUUAUCCAUGAUCAUUCUGUGACUGCCAAUAUAUAUCCAAACAAGUCUCCUCUCGAGCAAACGCAGCUAUACCAGAAAGUCAAGGAAGUCAAAAUGCGCUGACUACAGUGGACCAUUGCAGCCGUUGCGAGAUUCGCCGAACCACUGGCUAUGACCUCGGUGUUUCCAUAUCUCCCCGAGAUGAUCGCAAGUUUCGGCGUGGAUAAGGACGCAGUUGCGCAAUGGGCCGGUAUCACGAGUGCUGCCUUUUCCCUGGCACAAAGUGUGACUGCCGUCUGGUGGGGGCGGGCAUCUGACCGGUUCGGGAGAAAGCCCGUCAUCCUCACAGGUCUCAUGUGCACGAUGCUGUGUUUCCUGGCAUGGGGCCUGUCGACAAGUCUGACAAUGGCCAUUACCAUCCGCGCCAUUCUUGGCGCCAGCAAUGGCAAUGUUGGCAUCAUCAGAACAGUAGUGGCCGAGAUGGUCCCCGAGAAGGAGCUGCAGCCAACAGCAUUCUCCAUCAUGCCACUUGUGUGGUCGAUAGGAUCGAUAUUUGGCCCUGCUUUCGGCGGCUUCUUCGCCAACCCGGCGACUCAGUUUCCCGGCGUGUUUGGAGAUUCCCGCUUCUUCAAGGCUUUCCCGUUUGCUCUGCCCAAUAUGAUGGGUUCGGUCAUCUUCAUGAUCUCCAUGGCCACGGCCUUCCUCUUCCUCAAAGAGACAGUAGCACACAAGCGCGGCCAGAAGGACUGGGGGCUUGUUCUUGGGGAGAAGCUUGUCGCUUUUCUGACCGGCAAACGACAGCCUAGGCGCAGGUCUGUAGGCAGAGAGGAUGAAGAGACUCUUCUCCGAAGCUCAAACGGCCAUGCCAACCAUGAGGCCCCCUUGCUGUCACGAGUGCAGUCGGCGGACAGGAAAGCUAAGGCGCUGAGGAAGCAGGGCCUGCGCAGCGUAUUGUCGCCCCAGACCACUCUCAACCUGGUUUGCUACACGUUUCUUGCUCUGCACUCCGUCGCCUUCGACCAGCUGCUGCCCGUCUUUCUGCACUAUCCUGUCGAGAGGCAUACAUCGGAAAACGUAUCCUUGCCAUUGGUGUUCAAUGGGGGCUUUGGGCUCAAAUCAGGUAGCAUCGGCACGAUCUUCACUGUGUACGGUCUACUAUGUGGCCUGAUCCAGUUCCUCCUGUAUCCCCCCAUCGCCACCCGCUUCGGAAUCUUGAACUGCUUCAAAACAUCACUGGUGAUCAUGCCAAUAUCCUACUUUAUGCUCCCAUACACGGUCCUGAUCGAGGACACCAGGACCAAAUUCGCUGCCCUCAUGGUUAUCAUGACCUUCAAGGCAGUUGGCGUCAUCUUUGCCUUUCCCAGCUCCACAAUCCUGCUCACCAACAGCGCGACCAGUCUCGGGAUACUCGCCACGCUCAAUGGCCUGGCCACGACGUUUUCGGCCCUGGGACGAGCAACCGGUCCCGCAGCGGCAGGUGCAGUGUUCUCCUACGGCGUGCACCGCGGCAUCGUCGGCCUGCCGUGGUGGAUGCUCGGCACCAUUGCGAUGAUCGGCGCGGUGCCGGCGUGGUGGAUCGUCGAGGGCGAGGGACCGACCAACAGCGAUACUACAUCACGCAACGGGAAGCCGAACAACUCCGCUACCACGAGCCACGCGCUGAGCGACGACCCCAAUGACACCGACACCGACGACAGCUAUGACACGUUCUACGACACCUCCAGUGACGACGAUAACGAAGACAACGCCAUGACAGAAAACGAAGUCGCGGCGCGGCGCCAGCGGCGAAGGAGGGCCAGCCUGGCCGCGGCGAGAGCUCAGCCGCGCGAAAUCGUCGCGCAGCCCGAGGGCCAGGACGACCAGCCGCUGUUCAGCACGAGUGCGAGGAGCACAGGCAGUGGUGCUCGCCGGCCUGGGUACGGGUCUAUUCGCACGGUGAUUUGAUUCCCACUCUUGAUUUGGUUUGAUUUAAUCUUAUAGCUGGAAGAUUGGAUUGGGGGCCGAUAGGACGGACUACUGCUGCGAGGGCAUCCGUGGUUGGGCAGGCCUGGGGCAGGCUCGCAGCCA